AAAUGUGUGUGUCCUAAACGUUUUAAUCAUGCAUAAUUUUUCGUAAAACAAAACGAAUUACUUAUGUAACACCAAAUUGUAACGAUGUUUGUUUUCAAAAUAUAUACCCUCUUCUGGCCAAAAUGCUAAUACAUAAGUGCUGUAAAAGACUUUUAACUUGUUAUCGUCCACCAUGUUGAAACAUCCAUAGAUUAUGCAGCACAGCCCACAAUGUAUAAAUCGUUCAUAUGUGUCGCCAAGGUAGAUAACUUAGUUAAUCGAAGAUGAAUAGAAAAACAGUAGGUUGGGUAUUUUUUAGGUCCUUAAAUCCGCGGCACAUACCCGCUCCCCUGCCAUUAAGGAGCCAAUGUCGAGGUUAUCGACAAAGAUCGAGCCAGGCAGCAAAACACGAAACGCGAGCAGAGAGGUCUGGAUUCAGUCCAGCAGCAACAUCAAAAUAUGACUGGAUCGGUCCACCAGACAGACUGUCAAACCUGAGGCCAAUAAUAUAUCACAUCCCAGAAAAUGAGACUCCACUGGAAAGGAAAUUAAGGCAUCUGAGACAGGAGACAGAGGACUGGAACCAUAUUUUUUGGGCCAACCAGAACACUACCUUUAUUAAGGAAAAAGAAGAAUGUGUACAGUCACAACUGAAGGCAAAAGGGUUGUCAGAAAGAGAUGAAGCAGGAAGAAAAAGGACUUUAAGCAGUGAGGAAAUGGCAGUGUUCUACAAAUAUUUCUUAGACAAAAACAUUAAAAGGCAUACCAUGUAUAACAGGGAGUGGUAUAGACGGAAUUUCACCAUAACCCUUCUAAUGGCUAGAGUAGCUGUACACAACAUAUGGAGGACACUGGCUGGAUGGAGGAGGGGAAUUGGGCGAGAGAAGGGCAAACCUGCAUAAAACUCAAAUAAAGACUCUGUAAAUCAAUCAUUGUUGCUAUUCCUCCGUCUAUGUGGACAAAAAAAACAGUAGUUAGACCGAAGAUUGCGUCAAAACCUGGAAAUGUUACGAGAUCAAAAUAAUGAAGAGGAUUGUCUUCCUGUACCACGACAGGGUAUUAAUAAGAUAAUGUAUUAUAUUUAUCUUUUUUUGUUGCUGUCAAUAAAAUGAAUUCUUCUUUUAUGAA